AUUAAUGCCUUGUUAGACAAAAUUAUUCUUACUUUAUUUACCCAUACGCCAUGUGCGCUCUAAAAAUUUGCACAUAUGUUUUAUCUGACUUGUAUUAGUCCCUGCAAGCUCAAAUUAAUUCAAGAUAAAUGAAUGGAAACACGUAAACUCACACCGAUGUCUAUAUAAAUUAGCGAAUAUGGGGCUUAUAACUUGUAUUAAUUAAGCAAGAUGUGUUUUCAUAGUUUAUGCCUGAUAAAGGGGGAAGUGCGAAGAUGUGACCGGCGGCCUCUACUAUUUGUUGAUAAUUCUGGGUGAUAACGGAGCCAAGCUAAUAAACCUAGUGAAACAUAAACAUAUGUGUAAACCCCGGACUCAGUUGUCGAUGGGCAUUUCGCUAGAGCUGUUGGGCGCCCACUUCCCACCUGGACAAGGGGAUCAUUAUCGCAUCCCCAAUCGACUGACAUUCUAAUCACGCUGAACAAACACUUGACUAGGGAGAGGUAGGUUUCAGUCAUUUUCCUCUCUUAACUGGAAAAACCACAUCAGUUUCGCGCUGGAAUCUGAAUGGCUUGGACUUUACAUUACCAGGAAAUUGUAGUUAAAGUCCAUAAUGUCCGACACACCUUCUCCAACGCCGUCCAAAGCGACAGCUUCUGUCGGAAAAGGACUUCACUCAAGAGCCUAUAAUGGUCUGAUUGGAGUCUGUGACAAAUUCGUACCCGCCAAGAUGCGUCCUCUGUGGAUGCAUCCAGCUGGUCCCAAGACCAUAUUCUUCUGGGCACCGCUGGUGAAGUGGGGCCUCGUUAUCGCCGGUCUCAGUGACUUGACGCGUCCUGCGGACAUGAUCUCUCCCAACGGAUGUCUGGCGCUGGGGGCAACAAACCUGAUAUGGACACGUUAUUCACUGGUCAUCAUACCGAAAAACUACAGCCUCUUCGCGGUUAAUCUAUUUGUGAGUCUAACGCAGCUCUUCCAACUGGGCCGUGCCUAUAACUACAGGUGGGAGCAGUCCAAGUUGGAGAAGAGUGCCGAGCAGAAGCCAGCCGCUAUUGAAGCUAGUUUGUAAAAGAUUUAUAUGAAUUAAUAUCUUUAGGCUUUUCAAAAUUAAGUACAAUAAAUGUUUAGUCCCUUCGAAUA